UAGCGACGGAACACCCGCCCCGCCCCGACCAUCGCCGAGGGCCCGUUCCGACGCCGCCAUGUUUUUCGUGUUCCGACGCCCGACCGGAUCGUAACAGCCGCCGUCUCCUAUCGCGCGACAGUGACCGACCGCUCGUGGCCCUCAUCCGCACCGCAGCCGUGUCGCCCGACCGCGGCUCAUCAAAUUAAACGCGGCUACGCCGGCCCCCACCACGGCUCGUACAUUCACACUACGGCACUUACUAAACCUUUUAUUCGAGCCGCUUUCAGUUUUAUCCGAACAACAAACCUUUCGAACAAAAACAAAACUAAAAUUAAGGAGUUUUUAAUAUAAAAAUGUUACAUUGGAUCGAGGACAUAGAUGUUUCCAGUAAAUGGAUAAUAAACUUGGGCCUGUUUUAAGUCUGCCCAAAACCAACUGUGAUGGAAUGCUAUGAAGAUAUGUUUAAAGAGAUCUCCCAAAAAUUAUAUGGUGAGGAAGAAACAGAUGGAAUGAUGGCAGAAUACGAAAACCUUUCAACAUUGGCUACAAUUCAGUCUACUUCCACCAGCUUCACGGGGACUAUCGAAGAAGACAAUUGGGUGUCGAGUGAAGAGGUUAUACCUUGGACCCAAUCGAAAAUCGCAAGCUACAACAAUUUGCAACAAUUAUUCAGAUGCAAUGAGUGCGAAUGUGUUGGUUACCUAUCUCGGAUAGCCGAGCAUUGGCUAGGGACACACGCAAAUUUGCGUGUUUUUCAAUGCCCGCAGUGCCCUUAUGCCAGUGCUUGGGCAAGAUGUGUGAGAAUGCACUUGGCAAGACAACAUAACAUCAUUCCCGAUCAGAAUCUCGAUCCGUUGGCCACAUGUUGGAAAGAGAAUCCAGUAUUAGAAGAAGUGACUAAAUUUCUUCAAAGACUUAAAAACAAAGUUGAACUCGAAGCGAGAACGUCGUCAGUAAAUAACGAAGAGGAAGGAGAUGAUGAUGAUCACGAGUUCCAGCCUCAAGAAGCGAUGGAUUUGGAGUCAUCGAUGAACAGCCCACAAGAAGACGCAAAUCAGCCAGGCGUGAACAAGAGAUAUAAUUGUAGGUACUGCCCAUAUGCGACCGAUAGAAGAGACUUGUACACUCGACAUGAAAACAUCCACAGAGACGAUAAACCAUUCCAUUGCUACAUUUGCUUAAAACAUUUUAAUCGUGCAGACCAUGUGAAAAAACAUUUUGUGAGAAUGCAUCGUGAUGUUCCAUAUGAUAUAAAUCGUAUUAAGAGGGAAGUGAAUAAAGAUAAUUUACAAACGUUUUUUGAAGCCCAGCCGAAGGCCGUUGAACCUAUUAUUCCUAUUAAACAAGAGGUUAUUGCAUUUGAAACUGAAUCGCCGCAACAAGGCCAGUCCCAGUUACAGCACCCAGAAGAUAUACAGCAAGCUCAAGAAUUGCAAUGCACGGAACAGAUACAGCAGCUGCAACAAGAGGCCCACUCAGAACAACAGCAAACACAAGUACAACUUCAAGUAGAGGAGCAGACGCAAAUCAUUCAACAAGAGCCAAGACCUCGCAAAGAAAAACUACCGAAGCGAAAACCUGGAGAAAAACGAUACACAUGCUGCUAUUGUUCGUGGUCUGGAGUUGACAACUGGUGUCUCAAAAGGCAUUUGAACACUCAUCUUAAACCUUACAUUUGCAAAUUGUGUGAAUACAAAGCAGCCAGAUCUGAAAGGCUUGCUACCCACAUGUACAAGGUACAUAAUAAACGGAGCUGUUCAAAAUGUUCAUUCACUGCUGAUGACCAGGCUGGCCUGACAACUCAUCUACAAGAGCAUCACCCGCAAUGAAAGAAAUUACCCGAUUUUGUAUACACCUAGAGGGGGAUUACUGAGUGCUUAAAAAAACUUGCUUGUGAUUUUUGAAGCAAAAAAAAAAUUAAUUGAAGUAUUUUGUUGAAGGAUAUUUAAAAAACGAAUUAUUAUUUUGCCACCAGUUUUCAAAAAUCAUCUUUCUACUAAAUGCUUCGAUAUUUUUAAUCCUCAUUGUCAAAGGUUUUUU